GAGGCUCGAACUCGAGCUUCGAGGGUGAAUCAAGAUGACUGCGAUAGCGCGCGAUACCCACAUGGCAGAGUUAGGUUCGGGUGAUCUUGAACAGCAAAAGACCAACAAAAUGAAUUCCACCAUACUGGACAAUUUUAAUAAACUGAAGGACAACAAUGAUUCUGUGAGACUAAACGCCGGAGUCGCGCUGCUGAAUUAUCUUCGUCAACAUAAUACAAAUCAGGAUGGCGAAGAGUUGAAUUAUGCAUUAGUCAGACUUGUUCGCAGUCUGGGAUCUUCAAUGACGUUUACUAGAAGAGGUGUUUAUAGCACCUUGACAGUCUUUCUGAUGAUGCAUUCUGAAACAUCAAUAGAAAAACUCUUAUCCAUAAUGAAUACUCAAUUACAUCCAGCUAGCAGUAAUCCUAAAAGUGAAAACGCCGAUGUAUACAUGGGACGCAUAUUGCUGUGUGGUGCAUUGAUAAGAUCCAAGUUACUUGUUCAAAAUAGUGUUGAGAUACAACAACAGGUUACAGAGAUUCUAUUGAAUGCUGGCAAACAACGUAGUUAUUUGUCAUUUAUCUCUGUUAUUUUUCUCAGCGAACUUAUUAUUCAACUUGAUAUUGAACCUAUGAAAAACAUUUGGCCGAUUGUUGAAAAGGAAAUUGGCAAGCCAUGGUCAGAACAGACUCUGGAUACGUUCUAUGCAUUGCUUAUUAUUAGAGAUAAACAUCCAUCGCUAGUUAAUCAUAAGUUUUUAAAGGAGCACUUAGGUGUAAAAGAAAUUGUCACCAAAAAGUCUAUGGAAGAUAUUGUUAAAUUGUUAACAGCCCUACCCAGAAUCGUUUCUUAUCGUCAUCCAGUGUUUAAGCUAUUUUGUGAAAAACUGAUAGCGACUGAACUUGUGAUUGACUUCUGGAAUGGCAUUGAGCAGAGAUUUAUAAAACCAUCAAAGAGUGAUGAAUAUAUCGCUGUAGAGAUUUUACAAUUGAUACUUUCUAAUAUUACAGAUAAAUCUGUAAUUCCAUUGUUAUUAUCUCCAAAUCUUCUGCAACACAUGUUGAAAAGAUUUUCUAAUUGUAAAAGGAAUAACAAUGAUGAGGUUUUAAUAGCAUUCAGAGAAGUUUUACGCAUGGUGGCAUCUGCUACAAGUGACGAAAAUAUGAAAACAAAGACGCAGUUGAGUAUAUUGAAGAAGCUCAUGUUACAUCCUGGAGACUUAAUGAUAGAAAAGAAGACGGGUGUUAAGAUGAUCCAAAUAAUUACAGGAAAUUUGAGGAUAGACGGUAUUAAAAAAUUGUGCCAAUUGUAUAGAGAUAUUGUAGAGAAUAAGAUGAUUAAAGAAAAAGAAGAUACAAAGGCAGAGUCAUGGACGAAUGCUGAGCGAACUUACGCAGCGCAGCUAUUAACAAAAUUAAUGGGUCGUCAAGAGACAUUCUCAGAUCAGGAUUGGAGACUUGAACAACUGAUAUUCUUAUUCAAUCAUGGUUUGUGUGAAAUAUCAACUGUUGGAAUAGAAUUAGCACCGCAAUUCAAAGAUUCUUUUUAUCGUGCUCUGGAUCAUAAACUCCCAAAGUUGGAUAAUGUGCGAAACUUGUUAAGCGCUCUGGUUCACGAUUUAAACUCGAAAUUGCAAUCCAAGGCGAUACGAUUAAAAUCGCCAUUAAGCGAUGCAGCGUCCGAUGCUUGGAAAAUAGUGGACUUGAUUGAAAAAUUAGAGAAAAAUACAAAAAAUGCGGAAGCCUUGCCGAUAUUUCAUACGAUGAAUUUACAUAUGGGUUUGCAAUUAUUCUCGGAUCCUGAAACGGCAAUCAUGUCGAUUAAUGAACUUCAAUGUUGUUACGAGAGAUUAAGUAAAAAAUCCAAGGAACAUAAAAAACUCAAUGCAGUUACGGAAGACGAACCACAGUGGGUUGAAGUAGUAGUAGAUCUUUUGUUAUCUCUUUUGUCUAAGAAUGAUCAUUUGUUCCGCUCAUUAGUUGGUUGUGUGUUUCCACAUAUUUGCCCAUACCUGACUUUACCCGCAGUUUAUCAGAUAUUAGCCAUAUUAGAUAUAAAAAAUGACCAAAAAACACUUACCACGAAACAAAAUGACGAUGAAGAUUCCUCCGGUAUAGAAAGUGAAUCAGAAAGUGAUGAGGAUGAAGAGGAGGAGGAUAGUGUUUCGGACAAUGAAAUUUUAUCAAAAAGUGAAUCCGAGUCUGACGCAAAUGAAAACGAAGAUGAGGAUGAAAGUGAGAACGAGGAUGAAACAGUGACCGAUAAAUUAAGAAUGGCAGUACGUCAAGCUUUAGGUGAUGCUGCAACGCAAACUGAUGACGAAGACAUCGACGUAGAUCAGAUAGGUGAAGAGGAAGGAAAGCGAUUGGAUGAAUCGUUAGCAGCAGCUUUUAAAAUUUUACGAGAGAACCGUCAAGCUCGUACUAAAAAGCAAGGGAAAACGAGCCAAGCGUUAAUGCAUUUCAGAGCACGUGUUAUCGACUUAUUAUCCAUUUAUUUAGAUAUUUGUCCGUCUAUGGCGAUUACUUUAGACAUGAUUGUGCCACUUUUCGCUCUGCUAGAAUUCUGUAUAAAGGACCCGCAUCAGGAACCACUCGCGCAUAGAAUUCGGGCUUGCCUGAAAAAGUUAUCAACAGUGAAAAAGUUUAAAGAUACAACGGAUGUUGACGAUACUUUGUUAAUCAUGGUGUUAAAGGCUCUAAUUGAAAAAGGAGAGCGUUCCGCUUCGGUCUGUCAAGAACUCAAUGGUAAAUUAGCAGAGUGUUGUACCUUCCUUGUAAGAUGUGCGCAACAAGCUAAUUUGUCCACUAAAAGCAUUGUGGAGAUAUAUGGUGAAAAUUUAACUGCGUUUUUCAAAAAAAGAGAUUGUGUUCUUUCAUCUAUAUUAUUUAAGGGCGUAUUGCAAUUGUGUUGGGAAGGUAAUUGGCAGCUAGCUCUUCUGCUGGUGGACUUUGCUUUUGAUAGCAGUAUUCGAUACUUUCGUAGGAAUCAGGCACUCGAAUUAUUGUUAAUUUUCUAUAACAAUAACCGAUUGCUGAGCACGGAUGUAAAAUAUGCCGACGUAAGAAUGAAAUUAGAAACGACGCUUUGUAAAAAUAUCGUAGACACAUUUAAGGAGACAUGUGAUCUACAUACAAGCAACAAUGGACAAUCUAGUUCAUGUAAUGACGUUAAUGCACAGAAGAAAGUUCUACAGAAAUUUAUCGGUCAUCUUUUAACGCUAUUGCGUGUUGUUCACGCCCGUCAUUUGCCACAAGCGUGGGAUUGGCAAACUGUUAAAGUGGCAUUAAUAGAAUACAAAAAUCAAAAUGCUUUUUCUGGAGAUGCAAAAAGUGCAUAUAAUAAGCUGGCAGUAACAAUUGGGAUACCACUUAAAGAACCAUCAAUCAAAAAAAAUACUAAACUAAAAAACAAUUCUGCUGAUACUGCUUCGCAAAGUAAUGGCAAACAGAGCAAUGUUGGUUCUCAAAACGGAAAAGUGAACAAUUCGGAGGAAGAAGAAGAAGAAAGAGAAAAAGAAAAAGAAGAAAAGGAAGAAGAAGAAAAUAAAGAAGUUGCACAUAGUAAUAAUGUGCAGAAGAAAAAGAACAAGAGCAAACAAAGGGACAAGCGAUUACUGAAGAAAGAAGCACGUGAAUUACGUGCAAAAGUUAUGUCUCAAGAUAUAGAACUGUUUACAUUUAGCAAUAUUAAUUUACCAGAAGUUAAUUUACCAGAAGAUGAAGUAGAUACAAUGGAAGUUCUACAAAAUGGGGAUUCGCACGAUUCGCCUACAAAUUCGAGAACAUCGCAGAAAAGAAAUCAUACGGAAGACAAUCGCGAGCCUAAAAGAAGAAGAAGUACUACUCAUGUUUGAUUUAGUUUAUAAAUUUAAAAUAAAAAAUAAUAAAAUAUUCAUAAGUACGAAAAUCAGGAGAUAAAGAUUUAAAAUACACAUCGAUCCGUUCAGAUUUGAACGAGAUAUUUUUAUAUGCGAAUAAACUCGCUGUACGUGUAUGUACGGCUACAAUUAUUAUUCUAAGUUAUGAAAAUAGAUGAAUAAUUAACGAUAUACUAAUUAUUCGAAUUGAUAUGUUGAUUUUGUUUUCUUCUUUUUAUUUUCGAGUGUAUAGAAAUCGAAUGUAUAGAAUUAAAUAUACACAAGAUAAAACUUAUGGCCAAUUUAGAAGUGAGUUUAAACUAAACAAACUGCUGCUUUUAUCAAGACGAUACUUUCUAUAUUCUAUUUGUUACAUUCAUAAUUACAUUUAUCUGUUUUUAUCUUAAUUAAUAUCAACAAUUUCAAAUAAACACUUGUAACUAUCUAUUUAAUGAAAAC